AUGCCCCGUCCUGCCCGGAAAUCGCCACAGACGCCGAUGCUUGGCGACACGCCAGCACCGCCAACACCACAAACCACGACUGCACGCACGCCCGUCGCUGGCACGCCAACUGCUGUGGCCUACUCUUGCGUGGCCUGCAAACAGCGCAAAGUUCGAUGCAGCCGCCAGUUUCCCUGCGCCGAAUGCGUGCGCAUGGACGUCGAAUGUGUUCCGUCUUCCAGGAAACCGUACGCGUCGCGGAAGCGGAGACGGGGCCAAGACGAAGCCGAAAGCUCCGAGCAGCCCCGGCCGCACAACCAUCUGGUAUCGCGUACCGUGGAUACUCCGCGAGAACAAAUGGGACCAGAACGCCGACAGACUGAUGCGACCACCGAACGGCCUACGCUUCUCGCCUUUGGGCAACAUUUAUGGACAGGACUGCCAGAAGAUUUCCGCGAGCCACAAUCUGUCGAGACGCCGGCUUCCGAUGGCCGAUCCGCGCCGCCUGUCGGUUCCGAGGCAACGCCACUGACAGAUGCUAGUACUUUACUAUUUGGUCAAAGCGUUGCCGGGUUCUCAAAUGCCAGUCUCAGAAAUGCACACCCACAGCCGGUUCACGCGUUUUCACUUUGGCAGACAUAUCUUCACAGCAUCAAUCCCCUGUCCAAGGUCAUCUACGCGCCACAGGUGCAGGAUCUCGUAAUCCAGGCCGCAGGUAGCUACGACAGUCUCUCGACGGUCAACAUUGCGCUGUUGUUUUCCAUCUAUGCUGCUGCGGUCUCGGCCAUGUCCGAGGCCGAUUGCGAGGCCAAGCUCGGCGAGGCCAAACAGACUCUUCUGGAGCGAUACCUUUCGUGUGCUCAAAAAGCCCUGGCCGCUGCCGGUUUCAUGCGUUAUACGAACCUGGCCCUCGUCCAGGCAUUCACUAUCUUUUUGCUUGCUGCACGACAGAGCUACGAUGCAAGUUCUAUGUGGCUCUUGACGGGUAUGGCCUUGCGGAUGGGGCAGCGGCUUUUGGCGACGGUGCCUGCCAAGUCGACCAAGACGAGCGAUGUCAAUGGAAACCGUCACAGUAUUAGGCCUAGAGACAGAAACAAAAGUGGCAAGCCAGAGGCUCCAAGUUUCUUCGAGACACAAAUGCGCCUGCGCGUGUGGUGGCAGAUCUUGCUGAUUGAUGGGCGUGUCGCUCAGUUGUCUGGCCAAUCACGUAUUGUAUACAGCGCACUGCCCGACUACCCGCUGCCGGCCAACCUCAGCGACAGCGACAUCAAUCCCGACAUGGUGAGCCCCCCUCCACCUAUCGAGGACCGCCCUACGGAGAUGGUAUUUUGUCUUCUGCGCUACGAGAUGGGCAAGUUCAUGUUCGCCAAAGGCAGCCUGCUCAACGACCCGACAUCCAAGAUGGCCGAUCGCGACGCCGCCAUUGACGACAUCGCCGCGUACUUCAAAGAAAAGUUCCUCGAUCAUCUCGAUCCAGCCAUUCCGCUUCACCACAUUGCUGAGGCUGGUGCUCACGCUGCGGUCGACAAAAUGCGUCUCAUGGCCCACCACCCGGGCCAAUAUCCAGACAAGGGCAAGUCGAUGCCGCAAGCCGAGCACGACAUGCUCUUUAAGACGAGUAUCGACAUGGUUGACAUUCUCGUUCAAGGGUUCGACGCACGGUACCUUGAGCACUUUAAAUGGCACAUUGACGUCUACUUUCAGCUCGAUGCAGUUGUCUUUAUGCUGAUCGAGUCGCAAAGUCAGCCACCCGAGAGCGAGCUCGUCAACAGGGCGUGGGAGCUCGUCGCGUCGGUGCUGCAUUUCAAGCGCGACCUCGUGCAGGAAGACGACGAAUUGGGACGAGCGGUGCGGCAACUCGUCUUCCGAGCUUGGGAGUCCCGUGAGCGUCGGGCGCGGAAGCAGAACCCAGGGGCGGCACUACCUACGCCGCCUGCUUCUGUGGCACAGCUGUUCUCAGAAAUGCGACAGAGAAGGAGGGCCGCGCAGACGCAAACAAAUGGAGAAGGACCCUGUGCGAAGGACAACAUAUCUGGACCCGACGGCGACGGUGAAUCCGCUCAACAAGUAAGCCCUGGUAGCACGGCUGUUGAGUCUGCAGCCGUCGUUUCGACAAUGCACGAAACAUUAUCGGAGCUAGCACCACUGCCGGACUUACAAUACUCUGGACCUGGGUCCUCCAGUCUUGACACGUCGCCAUUUUCGUCGUACAACGAUGUCGACUUGCUGGGCUGGGAGACGAUAGACUGGGACUCGUGGGGCUACUGGAACCAGCUCCUGCAGGGCCAAGCCUGA